UCGCCCCUGCGCUGCCGCGGUGUGUUGGGAAAUUGCUGGAACAUUCCGUUCAGCUUCAUCAUCCAGUAUUGCCAGCCAACUCACGUAGUCUAGACUAGGAGGCCAGUAUAAAUAUAGGGAGCUGGAGACAGAGAUAAAGACAAAGUAAGAUGAACACCUACAGACUGAGAACAAUGUGGCUGCCCCUGCUUGUGUGCCAGCUUUGCCUGUUUCUGCGGAGUGAGGCCCAGACACCCAGCACUUUUUGCAACAUGCACUCAACAUUCAGACCACCAGUGAACUCGGACAUUACAGUGACCUGUGGUACUGAAGUUAUGGAGUUGAUUAUCUUGUUAUGCCCAGUCUACUUUGGUGGAUACAACGAAACCCUGAUGGCCCUCAACACACAGUUUAUCCUCCCCGAGUGCCAUGGAACACCUGACUGGAACAUUGACCCUCCAAUCCUGAAAUUCAAUCUGUCAAUAACUGCUGAUGCUGUGGCUGUCUGCUCCAACACAUUCAGGAUAACCAAUGAAGUUGGUACUGGGUUAUUUUCUGACUUCUCAAAUGUCCAGUUUGUUAAUAUAUCUGGCACCAUCAACUCGCUGGACACCAGUGCAUCUAUUGUCACCUACCGCCGGCAGAUCAUCUACAUGUUCUCCUGUCGCUACCCUCUGCAGUAUCUGGUCAACAGCAGUAAAGUCACAGUAUCGGGUGUGAGUCUUGCAGUGAGGGACAAUGACGGCAGCUUUGUCAGUACACUGAGCAUGUGGCUCUACAGUGACACUGACUACACUCAGCAACUCAUUGUCCCAGAGAAUGGAAUAAAUCUGAAGACCAGAAUCUUUGUGGGGGUGAAAGCCACCAGUCUAACAGAGAGGUUCCACGUUCUGCUUGACCGAUGCUAUGCAACAACAAGUCCCGUUCCCAACAACAGCACCUACUAUGACCUCUUUGUUGGGUGUACACGUGAUAGAAAAACCAGGGUUGAGUUGAACGGAGCGUCUCAGAAUGCACACUUCUCCUUUGAGGCCUUCCGUUUCAUUGAACACAAGAACAUGACCAUCUCCACUUUCUACCUGCACUGUGUCACCCGACUCUGUGAGGUGUCCACCUGCUCGUCCUUACUGCCCAACUGUUCAGGUUCCUCCAGGAGAAAGAGAGAAGCCCAGGGAGUGUUGGCCAACAACCAGGCCACAAUCUCCUCCGGACCCAUCAAGACCAAAGUGGACGACGGUCUUCCAACAGCUUCAUAAUUCUCAUUCCAGUCCCAGAGAAGCCCAAUGGGCCAUGUGGCUGUCAGUACUGCGGUGCUGGUUGUCAUUUGUCUCUCCAUGGCCCUGUUCAUUGGUCUUUUGCUGAGGAGGAGAAGGUUAUCCAUCCUCCAAUGAGAUUUGGUCUAGGACCAGGGAAACACUCAGUGGGGUACUUUACAUCCCCAGAGCAUGUAGACAGCUGUUAUGAAGACACAAUACAGUGCCAGGUAAAAUGGGAAAAGGAUGGUUAGUUCUCAAUUUAUGAGUAAAGGAUGGUUAGUUCUCAAUUCAUGAGUAAAGGAUAGUUCGUUCUUAGUUCAUAAGUAAAUGGUGGUUCGUUUUCAAUUCAUUUGUAAAGGAUGGUUAGUUCUCAAUUCAUGAGUAAAGGAUGGUUAGUUUUAAAUUAAUGAGUAAAGUGUCACGUUCCUGACCUAUUUAUGUUAGUUUGUUAUGUCUGUUAGUUGGUCAGGAUGUGAGGUUGGGUGGGCAUUCUAUGUUUUCUGUUUCUGUGUUGGUUUUGGGUUGCCUGGUAUGGCUCUUAAUUAGAGGCAGGUGUUUGGCGUUCCUCUAAUUAAGAGUCAUAUUUAGGUAGGCGUUGUCACAGUGUUCGUUGUGGGUGAUUGUCUUCCGUGUCUGUGUAAUUGUUUGCACCAUACGGGACUGUUACGGUUUGUUCGGUUUGUGUAGUCUAAUUGUCCUAUUUCGUGCGUUCUUCUUGUUUUGAUGUAAGUUCGUCGUAUAGGUCUGUCUACACCGUUUUGUUGUUUUGUUAGUUUAUUCAAGUUCGUGUCUAUGUUAAACGUUUGUAGCCUGUGUGUGCACAUCGUUUAUUUAGCUUCACGAUCGUUUUCUUGUUUUGUUAAAUAAAUAUGUGUUCAAACUUCGCUGCGCCUUGGUUCCCUCAAUACUCCUCCUCUUCCGAAGAUGAGGAGGAGGACCGC